CGGGCAGAGUUGCCGGCUUUCCAGGAUGAUCAGUUUUUGUCCCCAGUGCGGCUGUAAGGUUGAGCCGGCUUUUCACUUCUGCCCGUACUGUGGAAACCAGUUACCAGUCGAAGAGGGGAGCCAGAGUGGGUCCCCUGCCAAAGGGCCUGUGCCACAUGCUACAGGGGCAAAGCAGGAGGCGAGCUGUGGGAAGACAAAACAGUCACCCCCCAAGGGGAUGACUUCCAGCCCCUCCCGACAGAGCCCAGCACCCAAGAGCUCGCCAAGCCCCUCGGCCAAGUCCAGGGUGUCAAAGAGCAGCCCAGGGGCCAGCCAGCGAAGGAAAGCCGCCUGCCCGCCGCCCUUGUCCAUAUUGGACGUCGUAGUGGACAAGAACGACCACCGCUGGAAGCUGCUGAAGCUGGUGUCUCAGGGGAACAACGGCAUGUUUUACGAAGCCCAGGCAGUGUCCGGAGCGUACUCGCAGAAGGAGCAGUUCUCCCUGAAGCUCGACGGCAAGGACAGCCGGCUGUACAACGAGCAGAACUUCCUGCAGCGAGCUGCCCAGAAAGCCGCAGUGGCCAAGUGGAAGAAGCUCCACGCGGUGCCCUUGCUGGGCAUCCCGCACUGCGUCGGCCUGGGGCUCCACGCGGGAAAGUACAGGUUCCUGGUGUUCCCCAGCUUGGGGCGAAGCCUGCAGUCGGCCAUGGAAGACCUCGGGAGCCCCGUGCUCACGGAGAAAACGGCUUUCCAGGUGUCCUGCAGACUGCUGGACGCCCUGGAAUUCGUCCACGAGAACGAGUACGUACACGGGGACAUCUCCGCCGACAACGUGUUCGUGAGCCCCGCCGACCCCACCCAGGUCACCCUGGGCGGCUACUACUACGCCUUCCGCUACUGCCCCGGCGGGAAGCACGUGAGAUACCAGGAAGGCGGCCGGACCCCCCACGAGGGCACCGUGGAGUUCAUCAGCCUGGACGCCCAUAAGGGAGUGGGUCCCUCCCGCCGCAGUGACCUGGAGAACCUGGGCUACUGCCUGCUCAAGUGGUUGAGCGGCUCGCUGCCCUGGAGCAGCCGACUGGAAGACGCCGCCGUGGUCAUGGCACAGAAAGAAAGGUUCAGAACCAACGUGCCCGGUCUCCUGGAGGGUUGUUUCCGCCAGAAGGCCUUCUCCGGCAGCCUGCUGAUGUUCCUGGAGAGCGUGAUGGGGCUGCAGUAUGAGGAGAAACCGGACUACUCGCUGCUGAGAGAGACUCUGGGGACACCCCUCAAGAAGCUCAGAGCGUCGGCCUACGACCCUUUGGACCUGCACAUGGUCCCGUAGCUGGUCACUAGGACGUAGAGGGAGGAGGGGGGGACCAACAGACUACUACAGUUCCCCUCACCCACGGCUCUUUCCUCCUCCUCCUCCUCCUCCUCUGUCAGGCUCCUCCGCUGGAAAAAAAUGUGAAAUCAUCAUCCCCAAGCACGGACCGCCCUGCUCCGGUCCACCCAUAAAUGAGACUGCAGGGGACUCCGAUGAGUGUUUCAGGGUUAAAUGUCUUUUUAAAGGUGUUUUAAAGACGCCACCGCUACCGCCCGAAGCUCUGGCGGGGAAGCAGGGAAGUCCGUCGGCCCCACGGCCGCGGGGGACGGGGCGGGGGGUACUCGGGGAGACGGGUCGGUUUGGGGGAUACUUUAGGGGAGGCUGUGCUGGGGUCACCCGGGGCAGCUGGGGACUCUGCCCCCUCCUCCCCACCCAGCUCUUCCCUCCAGCUGCGCAGAAACUGGGCCUUUUUAGUAUUUUUGUGGGUUUUUUUUUUUUUUAAUAAACUGCUAUACACACACA